ACAACUGCAUCAUCAUCAAGCCAGAGUCGCCGGCGAGACUCAUCGGAAGAAAGGGAAGAUCGGCGAAACAACCCAACCACGAGGACGGACUAUUCAGCCUUUUUCAAAGACCCAAACUUUGUUAAGGGAAUAUCAAACCUGAUAACACAGACCCGGCCCUCUACGUCUCAAGCACCCAAAACCUCAGCCAAAAAAGACCUUACCAACACCCUCAAGGGCAAGGAAACAAACGUUCGCGAAGAAACCACCCGAUCACCCGGGAGCACGAAGGAAAAAUCCACCACCCGGACGGAAAAUGAACAGACGGACGAAAGUCGCUCGGUCACGGAUACUCGAACCCGAAACACCACCCGGUCGGUUUUCAGACGGCUGGGAAAAAACGUGGCCGACGACGACUUGAGAAGAACAUUGACCAGAAGGCGAACGACUCAAGCCGAAGAAGAUGAAAUGAAGAGCCUCCAAAGAAGAAUAGCCGAACUCGAAGCUCGGC